AUGAGAGGCCCGCCUCCACCCCGCUCUGCCACCAAGACCCCUACUAGCAGCGGCCCAGUUAAACACAACACAAUUGGCUACGGUGCCUCUAGAUCUGGGGCGACCUCAAGAGCUGGUGCAACAUCCCCUUCAAAGCUUCCCGCCCGUGUCCCGCUGGGAAACAUGCCCCAUGGAAACAACUCCCCCGAGCGUCGUAUCCAACCUGGCGCUUACUCGUCUGGCACACUUAACGGAAAGAUGCCGCCCCCGCGCGGACCACCCCCACGGAUGCGUGCAUUAACGGUCGAGUCAAGGGAAGACCGCUUCAGCCACCUUAUGGAGCCACCUCGCUGCAACAGCGCUAUGUCCAGUGCCUAUGUGCGGCCUGUUAGCCCGGAAGACGUCUAUGAUGAUCGACAGCGAUCGUUCAUGAGCACUUCAGGAUUCUCGAACUCGCAAAGAUCCACCGGGUUCUCCCAUUCAUCUCACUCCUCACAGUCGUCACUGUCCCUGAACUCCGGCCAAGCCUUCCCCCGGCCCAACCCGUACCUGCAGCAUGCAGCUCCGCCCCCAGCUGCCCGUCAGGUCUCCAACUCCUCUACAGUCAACACUGCAACCUCUGGAUCUGAAAACUGGGAGACUUUCGAGGAUGGCUCCGAAUCAGAAGCCGAUCCCAGCGAAAUUUACUAUUCCAAACUCCGUGCUGCACAAGGAGGAAAGCGAUUUGCACCCGAAGAUGGAUCGGAUCUCACUGGCAAGAAGGCCAAGGGUAUUCGCAGUGUCAGUCCAGACGGUCCGCAUCCCGGGCAGGUCCUGCGCGUUGCUGGCAGUGACACCGAGUGGGCUGAUGACUACGAAACUUACUAG